ACGAACACUUUGCAACUCUUGUCAGCUUCUUUAUCUCCCAAUAAUCUUGAACACUCUGUACAAUUCGAUCUCUCUCUUUCAUGAAAAGUGUCUUACAAUCUUGAACAUGGAAGAACGGCAGAUCAAGGAAACGAUGGCACGACUUGUAGGCUGGCUCUUUCUCCCGUCCUUUUUUACCAACCUACUGCAGCAUCUUUGGUACCGACAGAAAUACCAUUCCAACCCAGGAGCAAUCCCAUCUAAAGGCACCACCGCCUUCAGGAAGCACAAUAGCUGGAUUUUCUGUGGAGUAGCCUUGGCAUAUCUCGCUUUUGUCGUCAUUGAAGUUGAUCGGUCGUUCGUGUCAACCCAUUAUGACACAUUGGACAUCGAGUUCCGUGGAUUCACUCAGAGGCAGUUGAAAUCAAAUUUUCGAAAGGCCUCAUUGCAGUACCAUCCGGACAAGGUCGGAGAGGCAGGCGCAGAGAUGUUUGUCAGGAUCCGUGGCGCAUACGAGGUCCUGUCAGACCCUACUCUACGAGAAGCCUAUAACCGAUUCGGCUCCUCAUCCACAAAAUGCACUACCUGCGUCACGUACAAAGACCAUCUCCACACGGGGCUCAGUAUCAUGAACGCCUAUUAUUCUGCCGCAUUUUUUGCCCUCGCCGUGAUCAGUCCCUUCAGCAGAGCCAAGUACGGUCGGUACUGGAGAUUCGUGACCCUCGGAGCGAUGUACGCAUGGGAAUUAACUAUGAUUCUUAGUUCAAGGCCAAUCAACGUUAUGGGUUGGGUGAUGCCACAUAGAGUGACAUUUGAGCAAAUUGCAGUACUGCACCAAGUUUGGUUAGUAGGUGCGAUGGGUGCUGCGGUAGUAGGGCCCGUCCUGUGGCCGCCGUCAAGCGGAGGUAUUGGCGAGCAGUUGAAACGGCUAGAAGAGCUCACCAUGAUAGCAGAUAACGACACGCGCUUGAUGUUCAAGUUUGUUAUGAAUGCCUAUUGCGCGACAAGGAAGGAUGAAUAGGGCAGCUUAAGCAACAGCUCGGCUCGAUGGCUCUUGAGUCAACAUCAGGGGGGGG